CUAGACAUCAAGGACUAAGCGGGAUUUUAAACCCAAUACAUAUUUCAGGCCCCAUUUCAAAACUCUCACGAUUACAUUUCACAACGGCGUCGUAUCAAUGUUACUCCCAAAUGGAUUCCCUCUCUGAAACAACCCGGCCACCUUCAGCGGCGGCGAGGCCGUGCCCGCCGGAGACCUCGUCGGAAAAUCAAUGGGGAGAGAAAGUGUCUUCAGCGGUAAUGUCCGCUUACAAGUCCCUUCCCAAGAAAGGGAAGCCUCAAGGCCGCGAAGUCACUGUUUUAGCUGCUUUUCUCGUCUCAAACCAUUCCCAGGAUUUGCAAGUGGUAGCUCUGGGAACCGGCACGAAAUGCAUAGGGCGUUCGCGUCGGAGCUCCGGCGGCGACGUGGUGAACGAUUCUCAUGCGGAGGUCAUCGCGAGAAGAUCCCUUCUCAGGUACUUUUACACAGAGAUUGAGUGUAUAAUGAAACGGUAUACAACGAGUAGUCAUACUAAUGGAAGCUUGGUGGACAUGAAUAGCUGCAUUUUCCAUUUGACCUCUGAUAAACUAGGCCAAGGGAAAUUCAAGUUGUUACCUGGAUUGCAGUUGCAUUUGUACGUAUCCCAAUUGCCGUGCGGAGAUGCAUCACUAAGUUCUCAGCUUUUCACACCUUUAAUCACUGAUUCGCUCGAAAAUUGGAAUUUAGAACAUGUCUAUUUGGAACAUUCUGCAGCCCCGAACGGUACAGUUCACAGGAAGCCCGGCCGAGGAGAUACAACUUUGUCCGUAAGCUGCUCUGAUAAAAUUGCUCGUUGGAAUGCUGUUGGAGUUCAAGGGUCUCUACUUUCUUUCUUUCUGGAGCCAGUAUAUAUCUCCUCUAUAACUGUGGGUCAGUCGCAUUCCAAUCCUGCAAAUGUUGUGGUCGAUCGACUUAGAAGAUCUCUACACGAGCGGAUUGUACCUUUGUCUGACAAACUGACAGAACCCUUUCAUGUGAAUAAGCCAUUACUUUGGGCAGCUCCAGUGCCACCUGAGGAAUUUCAGCAUUCAGAAACUGCUCUUGAAACCUUAACUUGCGGGUAUUCAAUAUGCUGGAAUAGACACGGGUUGCAUGAGGUUGUGCUUGGAACAACUGGUAGAAAGCAAGGAACCUCUGCAAAAGGUGCAAUGUCUCCAUCUACAGAGUCAUCUUUAUGCAAGAAGCGCUUGUUGGAGUCUUUUAUGUCGCUCAAGCAAAAUUGUCCACUGGAAUGCUGCGUCAGUGAGAUCACAUACCGUGAACUUAAGGGAAGGGUCGAAGGGUACUCUAUAGCUUCAAAGGCCUUUAAGGAAAGCCCACAUUUUAGAAACUGGCUUUUGAAGCCUCAAAAUAACGAGUACUUUUCUUACAAGAUACAUUAGAGCGAGUCAUGUGAUGUGAGCGUCUCGACUAAGAUUAUUGACUUCUUGCCAUUGCCACAACUGGAACAGCACUUUGCAUAUGACUUUGAGAUGGAACAAUGCUUUUCGACCUCAGAAUUUAGCCCUAAUUCACAUGUUCAGAGCUCUCAAGUAUCACACACUCCCACUUGCUUCACUGUCACUUGAUUUUCCAUGUUUUGAGGAAUUUCUUAGGAAAUCUAUGUUGUUUUUCGUUCUUCAAUUAUUGAUUCCCAAUUUUUUUAAUUUAUUUAUUAUUUUCAGAUUGUGG